CCAAGUGGUUAUAAAAGGUGGUGUACGUUUGGGUUGUGAUUUUUUAGGAACUAUUGUUGUUGAAAUUAACGAAUUUUGGGUGUGAAAGAUGGAUAGAAUUAAUGAAGUACGUGGAAAAGCAAGGAUGAGAGGUGAAUUGGUUGAGUGUAGAGUGUAGGAAAGACGCAAGUCCCUCUAUAUAUAGGAGGUGGCACGGAGCGUGAGUCCUCACUCAUUCAUUCGAUUAUACCUUCCUCAACAUGGGUUGUCGAAACGACAAGAGGCAAGUGGUGGCCAUUGUGGUAGUGUUGCUUAGUGUGACAGUGUCCUUGAGCGAAGGGAGGGUGCCCUUUGCAUGCGACCCUCGUAACGGGGUCACGAGGGGGUUAAAGUUUUGCAGGACGAACGUGCCGAUCCACGUGAGGGUGCAGGACCUCAUAGCGAGGCUCUCAUUGGCGGAGAAGAUUAGGCUGGUGGUGAACAACGCCAUCGCCGUGCCCAGGCUCGGCAUCCAAGGCUACGAAUGGUGGUCCGAGGCUCUGCACGGAGUCUCCAAUGUGGGCCCCGGCACCAGGUUCGGUGGGCCCUUCCCUGCCGCCACCAUGUUCCCUCAGGUCAUCUCAACCGCUGCUUCCUUCAAUCAGUCCCUCUGGCGCGAAAUUGGACGGGUGGUGUCUGAUGAAGCAAGAGCAAUGUACAACGGUGGACAGGCUGGUUUGACGUAUUGGAGUCCUAAUGUGAACAUUUUCCGUGACCCACGGUGGGGCCGCGGCCAAGAAACUCCCGGAGAAGACCCAACUUUGGCGGCAAAGUACGCCGCCAGCUAUGUCCGAGGACUCCAGGGUGACGGCGCCGGAAACCGCCUUAAGGUUGCUGCUUGCUGCAAACACUACACUGCUUAUGAUCUUGAUAACUGGAAUGGUGUAGACAGAUUUCAUUUCAACGCUAAGGUGAGCAAGCAGGAUUUGGAGGACACUUAUGAUGUACCAUUUAAAGCAUGCGUGCUGGAAGGGCAAGUGGCCAGUGUGAUGUGCUCCUACAAUCAGGUGAAUGGCAAGCCCACGUGUGCUGAUCCUGAUCUCCUUCGCAACACCAUCCGUGGCCAAUGGCGCCUCAAUGGGUACAUUGUUUCGGACUGUGAUUCAGUUGGAGUUUUCUAUGACAACCAACACUACACAAGAACACCAGAAGAGGCAGCCGCAGAAGCAAUUAAAGCGGGCCUGGACUUGGAUUGUGGCCCAUUCCUGGCAAUCCACACCGAUGCUGCCAUUAGGAAGGGACUCAUUUCGGAAAACGAUCUUAACCUUGCCUUAGCCAACCUUAUUACGGUCCAAAUGAGAUUGGGUAUGUUCGACGGCGAACCAUCGGCCCAACCAUACGGAAACUUGGGCCCGAGAGACGUGUGUACCCCGGCCCAUCAACAACUGGCCCUUGAAGCAGCUAGAGAGAGUAUAGUGUUGUUACAAAACAAAGGAAACUCGCUACCACUAUCCCCUACGCGACACCGUCUCGUAGGAGUUAUUGGGCCCAAUUCGGACGCUACUGUUACAAUGAUAGGGAACUAUGCUGGAUUGGCAUGUGGUUAUACGACCCCUGUGCAAGGGAUAGCGAGGUAUGUGAAGACCGCACAUCAAGUGGGGUGUAGGAAUGUGGCUUGUAGGGGGAACGAACUAUUUGGAGCUGCGGAAACUGUAGCUAGGGAGGUUGAUGCGACUGUGUUAGUAAUGGGGCUUGACCAGUCCAUAGAAGCGGAAACACGAGACAGGGUUGGGCUACUCUUACCAGGCUUUCAACAAGAGCUUGUGGGUAGGGUGGCCAGGGCCGCUAGGGGCCCAGUUAUCCUGGUGAUCAUGUCUGGUGGCCCAGUUGAUGUCUCCUUUGCCGUAAAGGAUCCAAAGAUUAGUGGCAUCUUGUGGGCUGGUUAUCCAGGGCAGGCUGGUGGAACUGCCAUAGCUGAUGUGAUCUUUGGUACAAGUAACCCAGGAGGAAGGUUACCGAUGACAUGGUACCCAGAGAGUUACUUGGCUAAAGUGCCGAUGACAAACAUGGACAUGAGAGCAAACCCAGCAACAGGGUACCCAGGAAGAACCUACAGAUUCUACAAAGGCCCAGUAGUGUUUCCUUUUGGACACGGGCUAAGCUACUCAAGGUUCAGGCACACCUUAGCCCUUGCUCCAAAACAAGUCUCAGUGCUCCAAGCCUUGACAAACUCAACCCUUUCAAGCAAAGCAGUGAGGGUGAGUCACGCCAAUUGCGAUGACGAGGCAUUGGAGAUGGAGUUCCACGUUGACGUCCAAAACGAAGGCUCAAUGGAUGGGACCCACACCCUUCUCGUAUUCUCGAAACCACCACCGGGAAAAUGGGCCGCCAUUAAACACUUGGUGGGCUUCCACAAGGCCCAUGUUCCUGCGGGCUCCAACCAACGAGUCCAGGUUCGUGUUCAUGUGUGCAAGCACUUAUCCGUGGUGGACCAGUUUGGGAUUCGAAGAAUCCCAAGUGGUGAACAUGAACUCCACAUUGGAGAUGUCAAACAUUCCGUUUCUGUCCAAACUCUGCAACAAAUCAAGCACUGAAACAUGGAUUCAUAAGGUGUCAAGCAAAUUUGACACAUUCAACUACUUUUGCAAAUAGCAAAAGAAAUAUAUAUCAAGAAUUGAAAAAAGUUGUUACGUGUAUGCAAAUGUAAAAUAAAGAUAUUAUAUAUAUAGUUGACACAUGUAAUUUGUAAACCAAAUAAUAGUGGCAAGUGUAUUAUUAUUGAUGCUUCA